AUGUUUUUCCUUUUCAAAUUGUUACAUUUUUUUGUAGGUGCCAAAAAACGAACUAAGGAAAUAAAACGAGGAUCAAAAAAGAAACGUAAAGUUGAAGGGGGUGAAAAAGACAGUGAUGAAUCGAGCUCGGAUUACAGUGAAACUGGUGAUGAUGAAGAUGAUGAUGACGAUGAUGAAGAGGAAGAUGACAGCAGUGAAGAGGAUUUCACAGAAGACAGUGAUGACAGUGACACUGACAAAAUUACUAGUAAGAAGGUGCUAAAAGCAAAGUCUGAAAAUGGAAAGAACAAUUCCAAUUCUUUUAAGCAGAAACAAACCAAAGUUACAAAAGAACAGAAAUUGUUGAAAAAAUUAAAAAACAAAGAGAAAAAGAAUACUGCCACUUCCAUGCCAUCUGCUGAGGAUGAAGAUUGUAUAGACAAGUCUUUGCUGGAUGCUUCGUUGACAUCAGAGAAGAAGAAGAAAAAGAAGAAAAAGAAAGCAGUUAAAAUUUCUGGAGCAUCAAACAGUUCUACACCAAAUAACAAACAGGUGUUAAACACAUCAUCUGGAGACCCAAAGAGUAACAGCCGAGUGUUAGCUUCUGGACUGGUAGUUGAGGAUACCCAACUUGGCCAAGGUAGUGAAGCUCGUAUAGGUAGACAGGUCCAUGUUUAUUACAGUGGAAAAUUGGCAAAGAAUGGGAAAAUGUUUGAUCAUUGCAUCAGUGGGAAACCUUUUCGGUUUGCAUUAGGAAGAGGAGAAGUGAUUCCAGGAUGGGACAAAGGACUUGUUGGCAUGAGAGUUGGUGGCAAGAGAAAACUUACUAUUCCAGCAAAAUUGGGUUAUGGCAGUCAACAAGCGGGCCCAAUACCUCCAAACAGUUCAUUGAUUUUUGACAUUGAACUAAAAGCUGUCAGUUAA